GCGCGGCGCGGGCGCGGCAUGAGCAGCAGCAGCAGCGGCAGCGGCACCGGCAGCGCCCGCAGCCCCUGAGCGCCCCGCGCCCCCCGCCAUGGAGCGCAUCCCCAGCGCGCAGCCCCCGCCCGGCUGCCUGGGCAAGCUGCCCGCCCUGGACGGCGGAGACCUGCCGGGGCUGGACUUCGCGCACAUGUACCAGGUGUACAAGCCCCGGAGGGGCUUAAAGAGGAGCGAGGACAACAAGGAGACCUACAAGCUGCCGCACCGGCUGAUCGAGAAGAAGAGGCGCGACAGGAUCAACGAGUGCAUCGCGCAGCUGAAGGACCUGCUGCCCGAGCACCUCAAGCUGACGACUCUAGGUCACCUGGAGAAGGCUGUGGUUCUGGAGCUCACCUUGAAGCACGUGAAGGCGCUGACCAAUCUCAUCGAGCAGCAGCAGCAGAAGAUCAUCGCCUUGCAGAACGGUUUGCAGGCGGGUGACCUGUCAUCGAGAAACCUUGAUUCCAGCCAGGAAAUGUUUCGAUCCGGUUUCCAGAUGUGUGCCAAGGAAAUGCUGCAAUACCUGGCAAAGCACGAGAACGGCAAGGAGCUGAAGUCGUCGCAGCUGGUCAGCCACCUGCACCGGAUGGCCAGCGAGGUGCUGCAGGGCGGGGCCGCCCGCAAGCCCGGGGACAUCCCUCCCAAAAUGCUGGACUUGAAGGAGAAGCCGGCGCCCCUGGGCGCGGCGGGCGAGGGCCACGGGAAGAACUGCGUGCCCGUGAUCCAGCGGACAUUCGCUCACUCCAGCGGGGAGCAGAGCGGCAGCGACACGGACACGGACAGCGGGUACGGGGGAGAGCUGGAGAAAAGCGACUCCAAAUCGGAACAGCCCUAUUUCAAAAAGGAUACCGAGCUCAAGUACGCUGUCCAGGAGAGAAUAAGCUCUAUUAAGCAAGAGACUGAGGACCCGCCGGCCAAAAGGAGCAGGCUGGAGUCGCCGCAGGACGAGGGCCCUUUUGGCAGUGACGUGAUGGGCUCUGCCGGCGGCUUCCUGGGCCCCCACGCUCACCAGCCUCCCCUGUGCCUGCCUUUCUACCUGAUCCCGCCGUCCGCCACCGCCUACCUGCCCAUGCUGGAGAAGUGCUGGUACCCGGCCUCGGUUCCCGUGUUGUACCCCAGCCUGCCGGCCUCUGCCGCAGCACUGACGGGCUUCAUGAACCCCGACAAAAUCUCCCCCCCUCUGCUGAUGCCCCAGAGACUCCCUUCUCCUGUACCGGCCCAUUCCCCCAUCGACUCCUCGGCUCUGCUUCAAGCUUUGAAGCAGAUUCCUCCUUUGAACUUGGAAACCAAAGACUGAGCGCAGUGUGACUGGUUUUUCUUUUUUUUUUUUUUUUUUUUUCUUUUUUGUUUUUUUUUUUUUUUUUUAGUUUGAGAGACUGUUUCACUUUUAUAUAUUGGCUGGACUGAGGUGUGGGGAUGAGGUUCACUGUGCGUAGGAAGCUAAAUCCCCUUUUCUCUGACUCGUCAGGUAGCUUGGAGAAGGAUGAAGGAUGCGCCCAGGUUAGCGAUUGACAACUACUUCCAAAAGAUUAAAGAAGGAUUUUGUGCUUGGCCCCUUCCCUUCUUCCCUCUCCACAUCUACAGAGCAACAGUUGACUCGGUCAGCUGCGAAUCUAUUGCAAAGCUGUGAAGAAAUAUUCCAUUGGGCAGACCUGGUUUGAGGGUCUGCAGAUACAAAAUACAUGAAUAUAAACCACGGUACUUCCCUGAGCGGCCCUGGAGGCAGCUGGCUCACCUGAGCUGGGCUGCUGUCCCAGUGACCCCGAGAGUGGAGGGCGGUGGUGACAGUGCCACCGUGAGCACAGCAGGAGCAGGACAGUGGUCACUGGUGAUGGUGGCAAUGCCACCAUGAGCACAGCAGGAGCAGGACAGUGGUCAUUGGUGAUGGUGGCAAUGCCACCAUAAGCACAGCAGGAACAGGGCAGUGGUCAUUGGUGAUGGUGGCAAUGCCACCAUGAGCACAGCAGGAACAGGGCAGUGGUCACUGGUGAUGGUGGCAAUGCCACCGUGAGCACAGGGGGAGCAGGGCAGUGGUCACUGGUGAUGGUGGCAAUGCCACCGUGAGCACAGCAGGAACAGGGCAGUGGUCACUGGUGAUGGUGGCAAUGCCACCGUGAGCACAGCAGGAACAGGGCAGUGGUCACUGCAGGGGCG